AUGUAUUUGUUAUUGACGAUCUUUGUACAGACUUAUUAUUAGGAGGAGAUUUCUGCGAUAAAUACAAUGUCAAUAUCAGCUAUGGAGGAAAAUAUUUAACAAUAUCAACAGGGCAACAGCAGACAAGUAAAAUUUCAACAACAACCGAAUACACAACAAGUGUUUCAUCUUAAGACCUUGAAUGACAUUGCAAUUCCAUCAUUAUCGUUGAAAGUCAUCCAAGCGGCAUCAUCGUCACCACCGAUGUCGGUGAUAUUCACCCCAUCGUCUAGAAUGACAAAUAAACAACAUGUUAUUGCACCCCAUGCUAUAUUGACAAUACCAAUACCACAACAUUAA